AUGGCGCGCCCACGGGCUCUGUCGGGGGCUGAUGCCCCGAAGGAACCACAUGCGGUCUCUCUCAAAGUGUUGCGCCUUGCGCGGCCGUCACUUUCUUAUCAACAUCCUCUCCCGACGUCUAAAACCAAAAUCUCCACGAAAGCCUCACUAAGCUAUCCGUCUAGUGAUUCGGAUGAUCAAUUCAUUUUAACGCCUCUUCUUACUCUACCUCCCUCUUUUGGAUCAGUCUACGUCGGAGAGACCUUCGGAUGCACACUCAGCGCGAACAAUGAAAUCAAUGAUGAUAACAAUGACAGACUCCUCACGUCCGUUCGUAUAGUAGCGGAAAUGCAAACACCUUCCUCAGUUGCGGCACUGGAGCUGGAGCCACCCAGCGACUCCGCAUCAACAGAUGGCCUCAAGAUCGGCGAGUCAUUACAAAAGAUCGUGCGGUUUGAUUUGAAGGAAGAAGGAAACCAUAUACUAGCUGUCAGUGUCAGCUAUACGGAGACAAAGAUCGGCUCAGAUUCGCAGGCAGCUAGUGGCCGGGUCAGGACUUUCCGCAAGUUAUACCAGUUUGUGGCACAGCCCUGUCUGAGCGUGCGGACCAAGGCGUCCGAACUUCCGCCGCUCGAGGUAGAUAAUAAGUCACUCGGUCCGUACGGGAAAACGAGGUUACUCCGGUUUGCCCUGGAGGCACAACUGGAAAACGUGGGCGAAGGCGCCGUGGUAGUCAAGCGAAGCGCGGCUGUUCCUGAAACCCCGCCUGGGUCGGAAUGCUCAAAAAUUUGGCUAACAUCGGGGGAUGGACAGCAAACGAAACUAAAUCCCAAGCCACCGUUCCAAUCAAAAUCUCUAAAUUGGGACAUGAUGAACCCAGAUAUGUCAACCCGGGCACUACCUACACUCAAUCCACGGGAUGUCCUACAGGUAGCAUUUUUGGUGGAACAAGAAGAGGGCCAGAACGAGGGACUUGAAGCUCUCCAGAAGGACCUGCGACGGGACGGUCGUGCCACACUGGGUCAGUUGUCAAUUGAAUGGCGCGGUGCUAUGGGGGACAAGGGGUUCCUGACCACGGGAAACCUGAUGAGCCGGAAACGCACCUGA